GACUGAAAGACGUUGGUCGCAGACCGCAGCAAGGUGGUGUUUUUCAGUUUUGUGCUCAGUAGUUUAGAAUGCUCAAUGUCUCCAGUGAUGCCGUGGGGUAGUUUUGGAAGAGGACAUUUACGAGUGGACCACUGACCUCUAAGUAGAUCCCUAUGGGAAAUGGAAUGGGGCCUGGCUGGAUGCUGCAGAGGGACUGCUAUGUCCUGAGAGAGAAAGCGCUUUGGAGUUUCUCCCAUACUGUAGGCCUAAUACUACAUCUGCUUCUCUGCCUACACUGCUUGAGCAAGACGGCCUUCAGCACACCAAUGCAGCCGGCACGGUUUUCCCCAAAGCACAGACAUGCAGUUCUUUCCAUAGACUAUCCUCCUGAAGACGAGGCUAACCCAGUUACACAGGUGAUGUGGAAGAAAUUAGGAGAUAAGCCUAGUCGUAUUCUGGAACAACUGAAAAGUCACCAGUCGCCAAAGUAUUAUGGCAGAUAUAACAAUAGGACUCACUAUUAUUUUCAAAAUAACACCUUGAUAUUGGACAACAUUUUAGAAGAGGAUAAAGGCAUCUAUGAAGUAUCCGUAGUUUACAAGAAUAACACAAUAUGGACCAAGAAAUUGCAUCUGCGGUUCACUAUGCCUCCACCCGAUCCCAGAAUUAAAGUGGAGAUUAACGACUCCCAUGUAAUAUUGGUGCUGAGGUGUGAGGUGGAGAGUGGAAUGAAAUUGUCCUAUCACUGGCUGAAAAGUGGCCAGCUCAUCCUUCAAGAUGAGAGGCAUUCCCUGGUAGAGAGGAACUUGACCCUGCAGGUGAACAAUGUGACCAGUGCUGACUGUGUGAACUACACAUGUGUGGCAGCCAAUGGCCAGGUCCAGAGCGAGGGACACAUUCAGCUCAAAGGAAGUGCUAUCGAAUUGUGCUCACCAAGUCCUGCCCCUGACCUAAAUUUGAAAGUCAUUCUGUCCAUCACGGUUGCUGCUAUCUGUGUCUUUGGUGUAUGCAUCCUGAUCCUCUGCAUCACACACCAUCAGGAAAUAUGGCAGUGGUUAAGAGGCCGCAGCUGCAUCAAACAGCCUGCCACCGGCAGGAGCGGUCGCAAGCUCAACGUGACAGGUGAACAAAUAUAUUGCAACCUGUGA